AUGAAUCUUUUGAGAUCAGGUGACGUUGAAUUAAAUCCAGGUCCCGAACAGAAUGUGAACAAUCAGACCAAUUUGUCAGUGGAUUCCUCAACAUUGCUUAACUUUCGAUUAGGACAGUUAGGAUUGAUAGCUUUAGAUGUGGGUGGUGCAGGUGGCUGCCUUUUUAAAGCCGUAUCACAUCAAUUGUAUGGUAAUCCCAGUCAUCACUUUCACAUCAGACAAGCUGCUGUCCAAUACCUCAGGGAUAACCCUGAACGUUUCAUUGAAAGCAACACUCAGAACUCAUGGAAUGGUUACUUGACAAAUAUGUCAAUGCAAGGUACAUGGUGUGAUGCAUUAAUUGUACAAGCAGUUGCAGAAUCACUUAACAUACAAAUUUAUAUUGUAGAAUCUCACAUAAAUUUUGGACAGGCAACUUUAAUAGAGCCACGCCAUUCAUCAUCACAGCAACCAAGAACAAUAUAUAUAGGUCAUGUAAACGAAGUGCAUUAUGUAUCAACAAUACCAAAUAGCUCUUACUCAGGAAAUGAGCACCCUUACAGAAGUCACAAUAGUGAUUUCAAUUUUACAGAACAAAAUGUUCUUCCUGAACAAGUACACAAUAGUAUUGGAAAAAGAAAACACAAUAAUUAUUCCAAUCUGAAUGAUGUUAGAAUAACCACUAAGAGCAAUGAAAAAAAAAGCAAAUGGAAUUCUUACAUGAAUUAUUACAGAAAUAACAGAAGGGCUGGUAAAAAGAAUCAAAGCUGUGAACGUAACAGUGAUAAACAAAGUUCACCCACUAAAGAGAAUACAAAUGCUGUAUUUGUAAAUAAUGGUAGUCGAAAAAGAAAACACAAUUAUUCCCAUCUGAACGAUGUUAGGAUAAGUACUAAGAACAGUGAAAACCAUGAAUGCAGAUCCAAAACUCAUGAACAAAAAAAUAAAUGGAAUUCUUACAUGAAUUAUUACAGAAAUAACAGAAGGGCUGGUAAAAUGAAUCAAAGCUAUGAAUGUAACAGUGAUAAACAAAGUUCACCCACUAAAGAGAAUACAAAUGCUGUACUAGUAAAUAAUGGAAGUUCAAAAAGAAAACACAAUUCUGAUGUAAACAAUUUAAGAAUAAGCACUAACAGUAGUGGAAAUAAUAAAUGCAAAUCCAAGACACAGGAGCAGAAAAAAAACUGGACUUCUUACAUGAAACAUUACAGAAAUAACAAAAGGGCUACUAAAAUGAAUCAAAAGUAUAAGUGUAACAACAAGAAGCAAACCUCAACCACUAAAGAAAAUAAUAAUGCUGAAAGUCAAAAAGAAAAAAACGAAAAAAUACAAAACAUGGCUGCCUUAAUAAUGAGGUUUCAUGACAUUGUGUCACAGGUCCCCUUAUAUAUUUGUAGUUGUUGUGAUCAGCUGUGGUAUAAACACAGUGUUUACCCAGCUACUAAAAUAAGAAAAUCAAACCCUGCUGCUGAAAAAUAUCUUUCAAAAAACAAAAAGUGUCAACAAUAA